AUGCAGACGCAUGCAUGGCAACUCGCUGCACCUCCACAACAAGCUAGCUGCUGUACCCGAGCCAUUGCAGGCCACGUCAUCACGGCCAACGAUACCAUGUUGUUUGAGAGCGCAAAGCUAGAACUGGCGAUCGCUCCUUCGCUUGUCUUCGUUCAUCCGAAACCACCACUACCGACUGAUCACAUUGUUGCUCCUGGCAGUGGAGAUGACAGUCUUGUGCAAGGCCAGGCUACGCUUACUCUGCCCCGCGCAAGGGAUCUCAAGGACGGUAUCACUAUCUGCUUUGUCGUACAUGUAGAGCUCUACCUUCCCGGCGGCCCAGUCGAUAAGGGCAUUGUAUUCGAGCGCAAAGUACACAUCACGCCUGGUCACCUGGACAAGGGCGUCCAUACACUUCCGUUCCAGUUCUCAAUUCCUUCCAGUGUACCUUCCUACAUCCUCCGAUCACGACACGGCAAGGUGACUCCCAAGAUUAUCGCCGUCGCCGGAGGGCUGGGCAGCCUGGGUGCAGACCUGACAACAGAAAUUUUCUGUCCAACAGUGCCAAACCCUUCUGGCGUAGCCGAGCUGCCGCCCGGGCUAUCUCUCGAUGUCAUCGAGGACUCUGACGAACUUGGGCCGUAUUCAAUCAACGUGACGUCUGAUCACAUGACGCUCUCCGGCCUCAUGCUCAUCUCGCUCAACUUGCUAGCGCCGUCAACUGACUUUACACUAUCUUCUAUCUCGCUCAUCGUCGAACAGACGUUUGAGCUCACACCGCUCAGAUACUUCACAUGGGGCGCACCGUUGAACGAACAUCAGGCUGACAAGCUUGUGCGACCUGAGACGGUCAUUCGGCGCGUCAUCGCACACAUCGACGGCAAUGCUUCUCCUCACGAUCCUCCCAUUGUCGUAUUGGGAGACUCUCCAGGAGGUACCCCGGCAAACUUGGAGCGAUCCGACAGUACUCACAGCUCGGCUUCUGACAAGCAGACACCCUAUAAAGCACAUUUGGCGCAAAUCAGAAAAGGCGAACAGUAUAUUUCGCCAAAGUUCGCAGUCCGGCUGCCCUGCGACGAGUCCAUGUCAUCAAGCACAUUCCCAGGCACUCACACACCACUCCGCUUCUCACACUCGCUUCUCAUAGAAAUCAGAUGGAUCAAUCCUCAGGGCCGAGCGCGUCUUCUCAAAGUUCGCAAGCCCAUCAUGUUGGCAAGCUGUUGCUGUGUCUUAGAGAGCCUCGUACUGCCGACAUAUGCCCAAAGCUUACGAGAUAAGCAGACUGACAUAGAAUACCAGCGCCAACGUCGGGACCUUGCAUGCGUCUGUGGCUUCAGCUUCCAAUACAUGCUGGAUCAGGAAUCUCGCUGGAUCGAGAGGGAGCUAGAAGAGGCGCAUAAACUGUCGCCCGAAGCACUGCCCAAGGGAACCACUUGA